GAUGCUCAGUAGGGUCUGGGACACGCGCGGGAGACCCUGCGCAGGCGCACAGCGGCUGGCGGGGCUACCGCGGUGCGGUCUCGCGCCACCUCCAAGCCGAAGGCAGCACCUGUCGCCUCGGAGGAGCUGCCAGCUCCCUCCCUCCUCCUCCGCAGGGCGCGGUACCUCUAUUUAUAUCGCUCAGCCGGUACAGGCCUAUAUUGGGCAGUGCCAUCAGUCAGGCCUGCUGGCCACCCUGCGACCCGGGAACGUCCAGGACAGGUCGUGGAGCCAUCGCGGGGCCCCUGCUGAGCAAGUGGGGCCACGCCCGGAACCAGGCGGCACCUCCAAAUGUUUCCUGACAUCUCUGUAGCUUCGUGAGUAAUCAGACAUGCAAAUAGCCCCUCAGAAAUCAAGCUAAACUUAAAGAAGACUUAGUUGGAAACUUUGGAGAGUAGAUCAUGGAGUGCAAGAUUGAGGGAAAAGAAAAAUACCAACAUAGCUUGAAUUUACUGAAUCAAAUUAAGAACAUGAAAGAAUUAGCAGAAAUGAUUGAUGUGGUACUCAUUGCAGAAGAAGAGAAAUUUCCUUGCCACAGACUGGUCCUGGCUGCAUUUAGUCCUUAUUUCAAAGCUAUGUUCACCUGUGGACUACUUGAAUGUAAUCAAAGGGAAGUCAUACUUUAUGACAUCACAGCAGAAAGUGUGGCAGUGUUAUUAAAUUACAUGUACAAUGCAGCUUUGGAUAUCAAUAAUGCCAAUGUACAGACGGUAGCUAUGGCUGCCUAUUUUAUGCAGAUGGAAGAAGUCUUCAGUGUGUGUCAAAAAUAUAUGAUGGACCACAUGGAUGCUUCGAACUGUUUAGGUAUCUAUUAUUUUGCAAAGCAGAUUGGAGCUGAAGAUUUAUCUGAUCAAUCAAAGAAAUAUUUAUAUCAGCACUUUGCCGAGGUGAGCUUACAUGAAGAAAUACUAGAAACUGAAGUGCACCAAUUUUUGACACUUAUUAAAUCAGAUGAUCUUAACAUAUCCAGAGAAGAGAGCAUUCUGGAGUUAGUUCUGAGAUGGGUAAAUCAUAACAAAGAAUUGCGUACAGAGCAUCUUGUUGAGCUUUUGAAGCAAGUCAGAUUGGAACUUGUAAAUCCUUCUUUUUUAAGACAAGCCUUAAGAAGGAACACAAUGCUUCUGUGUGAUGCAGAUUGCAUUGACAUAAUUCAAAAUGCAUUCAAAGCCAUCAAGACACCCCAACAGCACUCUCUAAAUCUGCGCUAUGGCAUGGAGACUACCAGUCUUCUGCUUUGCAUUGGCAACAAUUCUUCAGGAAUCAGAUCAAGACAUAGGAGCUAUGGGGAUGCCAGUUUUUGUUAUGAUCCUAUAUCACGGAAAACCUAUUUCAUCUCAUCUCCCAAGUAUGGAGAGGGUUUAGGAACUGUGUGUACUGGUGUUGUAAUGGAAAAUAACACUAUAAUUGUGGCUGGAGAAGCAAGUGCCUCUAAACUCUCUAGACAGAAGAACAAGAAUGUCGAAAUUUAUAGGUAUCAUGAUAGAGGAAACCAGUUUUGGGAAAAGUUAUGCACAGCUGAAUUUCGAGAACUCUAUGCUCUGGGCAGUAUUCAUAAUGACCUCUAUGUUAUAGGAGGACAGAUGAAAAUUAAAAACCAGUAUCUUAUUACAAACUAUGUUGAUAAGUACUCUGUAGAACGGGACAAUUGGAAAAGGGUGUCUCCCCUUCCACUGCAAUUGGCAUGUCAUGCUGUAGUGACAGUGAAUAAUAAACUUUAUGUGAUUGGAGGCUGGACCCCUCAGAUGGAUCUUCCUGAUGAAGAACCUGAUCGAUUAAGCAACAAACUGUUGCAGUAUGACCCCAGCCAAGAUCAAUGGAGUGUGCGGGCACCCAUGAAGUACUCUAAGUACCGAUUCAGUACAGCCGUAGUCAACAGUGAGAUUUAUGUUCUGGAUGGUCUACAGGGUAUCUCCCAAAAAGCAGCCACUGAAACCUUCUUCACCAGGAAGGCAGCAUGGUAAAGUAGGGAAGGCACCAGCUUUGGAGUUGAGCAUAUUCGAAUUGAAAUCCUGACUUAAUACUUGUAUGUUCUUGGUCUAGUAAAUCUUUUGUUGUUGUUGUUGCUAAUAUUAAAAUGAGAAUGCCUACCUCUUUGAAAUAUUAAGGUAAAAUAAUAUAUGUAUAAUCCCUACAAUAUAAGUGUUCAGACAUUAUAACUAUUGAGCCCCUUUGUUACAGACACUUUGCUAAAGUCUUUGCUCAACAGUUUCACUUAAUAGUCAUAAAAGUAGAUAAAUUAUUAACUGUGUUCUGAAUAGCUGGCUAGAUAUCUAGACUCAUCCUCCAACUAAAAAAACCCUAAAAAUGUUGUAAAGCAUAUCUUUAAAAACCUUUUAAGAUCUGACAUGCCAGUAAGAAUUUAGCAGGUCAAAAGCCAAAUGAAAGCAGGAGACUUCCAACUAUGAAGAACUGAAAAAGUCAACAUUCUAUACUCAGAAUAACCAUAAAAUCAGGCAAAUUUGUCAAAAACAACCAUUUUGGAGCUCUAUAAAUCAAUCAUAAAUAACAAUUGAGAAGAGUUUUUUUGUUUAAAAACAGUACUGAGCUUGAAGUAAGACUUCAGGCAGUCUGUAGCAUUCUCUUGUGAGGCUGGCCCUGUCCCUCACCACAGCUCAUUUAACAUGCUAGAGUGGGGCUGGCUACAAAAAUUAGAAGCUUUUCUUGCUAAAGGGGGCUGACAUGUUUGUGAGUAGAUGGUGGAAACCCCACACUCACAAUGGAAAAUGGGAAAAGCCUACAGUUCUAGCCUGAGAUUUCAGUCCUGGUUGGUACAACAGCAGACAAAAGAACUGGCCAGAAAUUUAACAGGAAGAUCCUGGAAAUGAGAAAGUCAUAGAGAAAUGUGAUAAAAUCAUCUCUUGGAGGCCAAGAAAGCUGCAUAAACAUGCAGCACCAAAGAGGGCUCGAGUUCUCCACACAGCCCUGACUUCAUGCAAUCCAGGGGAGACUUAAGAGGGCCCAAGCUCUCCACACAUUCCUAGAUGACUGGGAGGUUGAGCACAUGUACAGAGCAGACCCAGGAGGGACAGGCAGAAGGUAAAAGUCACAACAGACUUGAAAACUCUCUGAACUUCUAAUGUCCUCCCAUGCAGAUCCACCAGGAGAGGGUAGUAGCCUUACUGGUGUUUGACCACAACCACCAGUCAUUGACAGUGCCUAAGCUAUGCAGAAAUAAAGGUGACUCAUAGGCUAAAAUAUAAAAAAAAUGAUCAUUUCUGAAAACAGAGGAGAGAUAGCAGCAAAUGGUAGAAGAGACAUAUUCAAUUUAGGCAAGUUACUUAAAAACAAACAGCAACAAAAAAGCAGUCAAAAAACAGAGAAGAAAGAAACCCUCAGGGAAAAAAAAGAAAAUCAGGAUAAAAGGUUGCUGCUAUAUAUUAUCCAUAAUAUCCAGUACCAAAAAAAAAUUACAACACAUGAAAAAGAAAAGAAAGAGAAAUGUCUAACCCAUUUGAGGGUGGGAGUGGUGCAGAAGUAUUCAAUAAACGCUGUCUCACCCAGGGAGUGAGCCUGGAUGUUGAAUUUGGGAGGCAGUCUUCAAAGUGACUAUCAAAUACAUGUUCAAAUAAUUAAUGAAAACCAAUAUUAAAGAAUUAAAGGAAAAUAUGUCAAUCAGCCCAUUAAGAAUAGAAAUUAUCUAAAAAAAUAGAAAUUCUAAACUUGUGAAGGACAAUAAACCAAAUAAAAAUGCACUGAAGGGGCUCAGGACCACAUUUGAGAUGCAAUAUUAGAAGAAAGAAUCAAUGAACUUGAAAUCCAUAGAGAUUAUAUAAUCUGAAGAAGAGAGAAAAAAGUUGGAGAAAAAUUAGCAGGACUCAGAGUCAGGUGGAAUAAAAUCAAACCUACAAACAGAUGUUUAAUGAGAAUUCUAAAAGGAAAUGGGAGAGAGAAGUAAUAGUCAAAAAUUUCUGAAAUUUGAUGGAAAAACAUUAAUCUACAGAUCCAAAAAAAUUGUCAGACCUCAUGUAGGAUAAAUUCCCAGAGAUCCUCACCUAAAUACAUAAUAGAAGAACUGCUAAAGACAGAAAAUUCUUAAAAGCAGCAAGAUAAAAUGACACAUCAUAUAGAAGGGAACAACAGUAUACCUAACAGAUGAGACUUACCAGAAACAAAAGAGGCAGAUAGGCAAUGGGAUAUCUUAUUCAGUGUUACAAGGAAAAAAACUGACCAAUCAAGAAUUCUGCAUCCAGAAAAACUGUGCUUCAGAACUUAAGGUGAGGCUGGGCACUGUGGCUCGUACCUAUAAUUCCAGCACUUUGGGAGGCCAAAGUGGGCAGAUCACUUGAGGUCAGGAGUUCGAGACCAGUGUGGUCAACAUGGUAAAACCCCAUAUCCACUAAAAAUACAAAAAUUAGCUAGGUGUGAUGGCGUGUGUCUGUAGUCCCAGACACUUGGGAGGCUGAGGCAGGAGAAUUGCUUGAACCUGGGAGGUGGAGGUUGCAGUGAGCCAAGAUCGCACGACUGCACUCCAGCCUGGGAACAGAACAAGACUUCGUCUCAAAAAAAAAAAAAAUUAAGGUGAAACAGACAUCCCCAGAUGAAUAAAGAUGGAGACAAUAUGGGGCUAGCUAACUUACAAGGAGGUGAUGCUAGACAGUAACCUGAGUCCACAGAAAGAAAUUAAUAGCACAAGAAAUGGUAAAUAUAUAGGUAAAUAAAAAAGGCUGCAUAAAUACAUGUUUUUCUUUUUUCUUCUCUUAAUUUCUUUAAAAGAUAUAAAAGAAUACAGAUGCUCCUUGACUUACAAUGGCAUUCUGAUCCAAUAUACCCAUCAUGGGUUGAAAAUAUAGAAAGUAAAAAAUGAAUUUUAUACCCUAAUAAACCCAUCAUGAAGUUGAAAAUACUAAGUUAAACCAUCAUUAGUUGGGGAUCAUCUGUAAAGCAGUAAUUGUGAUACUAUAUAGUUGGGUUUUUCACAUAUGUAGAUGUAAUAAUAUAUGACAAUAUCAGAGUAGAAGAGGAGAAAAUGGAAAUAUUUUGGAACAAAGUUGCUGUUUGUAAGAAAGUCAACUCAAUAUUAACCUAAAAUAGAGAAUGACAAAAUAAAAUAUAUGUUAGAAUUUCUAGAGCAACCACCAAGAUUUUUAAAAAUAGUUUAAAAGUCAACUAAAAAAGCCAGGCACAGUGGCAUGCACCUGUAAUUCCAGCUACUUGGAAGGUUGAGGUGGGAGGAUCACUUGAGCCCAAGAGUUCAAUACCAGCCUGGGCAAUAUAGUGAGACCCCUGCUCAAAAAAAAAAGUUACAAAAGAAAAUGGUACACUUAAAAAUGUAUUAAAUAGGCCAGGCACAGUGGUCCAUGCCUGUAAUCCCAGCGCUUUGGGAGACUGAGGCAGGCAGAUCCCAGUCAUGAGAUUGAGACCAUCCUGGCCAACAUGGUGAAACCCCAUCUCUAUUAAAAUAAUUUUUUUAAAAAAAUUCAGGCAUGGUGGCAUACACCUGUAGUUCCAGCUACUUGGGAGGCAGAGGCAGGGGAAUAGUUUGAACCCGGGAGGUGGAGGUUGCAGUGAGAUUGCACCACUGCACUCCAACCUGGCGGCAGAGCAAGACUUCAUCUCAAAAAAAAAAAAAAAAUGUGUUAAAUACAAGAGAAGGCAGCAAAGGAGGAACAGAGAAAAAGAGUUACAAGAUGUAGAAAACAAAGCGAAAUGGCAGAUGUUUAGCCAGUCAUUAUCAAAAAUUUUAUCAAAUAGGAAUGGACCAAACGCCCCAAUCAAAAAUCAGAGAUUUUCAUACUGAAUAAGAAAUUAAGAUAAAAUACAUGGCUCUAUAAGAGACUCAUUUUGUAUUCGAAUACCCAAAUAGGUUGAAAGUUUUACUAUCAUUUUAUGAUAGAGAAAGCCAUAAAAUGCAAACAGCAAUAUUAAGAGAGGUGCAGUGACUAUAUCAUCCAACAAAAUAGAGUAGAACUUUUACUACAGAGAAACAGAAAAAUUUUAUGAUAAUAAAAUUGUCAAUAAUAUCAGGAAACUACAGCAAUUAAGAAUGUGUCAUACCCAACAAGAAAGACCUAAAAUACAUGAAGCAAAACCUGAGAUGAAGCUGGGCACAGUGGCUCAUGCCUGUAAUCUCAGCACUUUGAGAGAUUGAAGCAGGCAGAUCACUUGAGGUUAGAAGUUCAAGACCAGUCUGGCCAACAUGGCCAAUCUCUACUAAACAAAAAUAAGCCAGGCAUGGUGCCAUAUGCCUAUAGUCCUAGCCACUCAGAAGGCUGAGGCAGGAGAGUCACUUGAACCCAGGAGGCAAAAGUUGCAUUGCGCUGAGAUGGUGCCACUGCACUCCAGCCUGGGUGACAGAGUGAGACUCUGCCCAGGAGUCCAGAAAAGAAAAAAAAAAAAAAGAAAUAGUCAAGCAAUCAUCAGUGGAGAUUUAUACCACCAUCACGAAUUGAUAGAAU